AUGGCUCCUGGAAAUUCGAGCCAGGUCACUGAAUUCAUUCUCCUGGGAGUCUCAGAGCGUCCAGAGCUGCAGCUCCCCCUCUUCUGUGUGUUCCUGGUGAUCUAUGGGCUGACCGUGGUGGGGAACCUGGGCAUCAUCACCCUCACCAGCAUUGACUCACGACUUCACACUCCCAUGUACUUCUUCCUCCGGCAUUUGGCUAUCAUCAACCUGGGCAACUCUACAGUCAUUGCUCCUAAAAUGCUGAUCAAUUUUUUAGUGAAGAGGAAAACUACAUCGUACUAUGAAUGUGCCACUCAGCUGGGUGGAUUCUUGGUUUUCAUUGUGUCUGAGAUCUUCAUGCUGGCUGUGAUGGCUUAUGACCGCUAUGUGGCCAUUUGUAAUCCCCUGCUCUACAUGGUGGUGGUAUCUCGGCAGAUCUGCCUGCUGCUCGUUUCCCUCACGUAUCUCUAUGGACUCUUCACAGCUAUCAUGGUUUCAUCUUGUGUGUUCUCUGUGUCUUAUUGUUCCUCCAAUGUCAUCAAUCACUUUUACUGUGAUAAUGUGCCUCUCCUAGCUUUAUCCUGUUCUGAUACUUACAUUCCAGAAACAGUAGUCUUUGUAUCUGCGGCUACAAACUUAUUUUUUUCUAUGACUAUAGUUCUCAUAUCUUAUUUCAACAUUGUCUUGUCCAUCCUAAGGAUACGUUCAUCAGAAGGAAGGAAGAAAGCCUUUUCCACCUGUGGCUCACAUAUGAUGGCAGUCACAGUGUUCUAUGGGACACUGCUGUUUAUGUAUUUACAGCCUAGAAGUAACCAUUCAUUAGACACUGAUAAAAUGGCCUCUGUGUUUUACACUCUGGUGAUUCCUAUGCUGAAUCCCAUGAUCUACAGCCUGAGGAAUAAGGAUGUGAAGGCUGCCUUACAGAGACUCAUGGCAAGUCCAUGCUAUUCCUUUAAGUCAAUGUAA